AUGGGCCUUCGAAAUUCUAAGGAUAAUAAAAUAUCUUAAGAAGAAACAAACACUUAAUACUCAUCUCCUAAUAGUAUAAAUGUUUUAAUCUUUAAAGCUAGCAGUAGAGGUGAUAUUUCUGUUGAAAAUUAAAAAUCCAAUCCUUCUAAGUUCAAAAAAGGUACUUACAAUAAUGAAACUUAGUUAUUACUUUAAUAAAGCAAACCAAUUAUAAUGAAGCCUUAAAAUAUUUAGAGAAUACAGAUGAUUAAUAUUAAGAAACUGCUGAUUAUCAUUAUUUCAAGGGUAAUCUCUUAAAAUUAUUUUCAGGUUUGGCUUAUCUAGGAUUAAAUGAUCUUCAAAAAGCUUAAGAAUGUUGUGAAUAAGCAAUUAAAUAUGACUCAACUCAUAAAUUAGCUUUGGCAGAAAUAGGUUAAAAAAGAGAUUUAUUGAUUUUAGGGAAUAUUUAUAUAUUGACUAAAAAAUAUGAGGAGGCUCAUUAAAUAUUUAUGGAACUCUUAAAACUUGACCAGAAAUCCUUUGAAGCUCAUUUGGGAUUAGGCUUUGUUCGAACAUAAAUCAAUGACUUUAAGACAGCAUAAGAGCAUUAUGAGUCUGCUUUGAAUUCUGGUAUAGAAGAGAAAAUAACCUCUCUGAAUUAUGGUAUAAAGGUUUAUAAAGUAAUUUAGGACAUAUGUUAUUUAAAUAAAAAAAUUAUGAGAUGGCAUUGAAAUUUUAUACAAAAUCAUUAGAAAUCGAUAAUGAAUAUUUAAGUGCAUUUUAAGCUAUUGGAAACUUAUAUUUUAAAUAAUAAAAAUACAAUGAAUUAUUAGAGUUAUGUGAAUAAUAUAACAAUAAUUAAUCUUGGAAAAUUCCUAUAUUAUUACUAAAAUGUAUAAUAUCAUUGCUAAUUAAAUAGGUUCAGCCUACUUUGGAUUAGAGUAGUAUGAUAAAGCACAACAAGCAUGUGAGAUGAUUUUAUUGGAGGAUUAAAAUAAUCUCGAAGCUCUUUAUAGUAUUGCAAAGUGUUUAAAAGCAUAAGGCAAGAAUUCGUAAGCUCUAAAUUAUAUAGAGAAAAUUCUGAAACUUUCACCAAAAAAUAAAAAAUUCUUAAAUUUAAAGGCAAAUCUUUUAAUAUUAUUAUAACGAUAUCAGCAAGCAUUAUAAACUUGUGAUGAACUAUUUGAAUUGGAUGCAAAUGAUUCUUACUCAUUUUAUAUAAGAGGCUUGAUAUAUAUGAAUAUGAAAGCUUUUGGUAAUGCAAUUGAUGAUUUUGAGAGAGCAUUAAAUUUUGAACUUCAUCAUACUUUUAAUUAAAAAGUAUAUUAAUCUAAAAGUAUUUAUUUUGAUAUUAAAUUUUAAAGUUAAAUGUCAUUUAGAAUUUUAAUAAUUCUAAUAAAUUUAAGAUUGCUACGAUUUUCUACUUGCUUUAACUAAUAAUGAUUCAGAUAAAAUUAAAAUUCUUAUAGAUAAGGGAUAUUAUUAUUUAUUGGCUAAAGAUAUUGAAAAUGCUGAAUUAAAUUUUAAUAAAGCAUUAAAAUACUAAAUGAAUCAAAUGGAAACAUAAAUUAAGAUUGCUAAUUGUUUUAGAGAUACAAAGUAUUUUAAAUAAGCUCUAAUGUUAUAUGAUAAAUUAAUCUAAGUAAAUUCAAAAUUUCCAACUGCUUAUAUUGAAAAGGCUGUAUUAAUGGAUUUAUAAUAAAAUAAUUCUUAAACAAUUCAUUUAUGUAACAGAGCUAUUGAUCUAUAAAAAAGCUAAGCCAAACCAUAUAUGUUAAGAGGAAAAGCCAAAAUGUAAACUCAAUAAUAUGAUGAAGCUUUAAAUGACUUUGAGUAAGUAAUUAGAUUAGAACCAAAUAAUCAUCAAGCACUUUUUGAAUGUGGCUAGGCUUAAUACUUGUAAAGUAAUUUUGAGAAAGCAAGUGAAAUGUUUGAGAAGGCUCUAAUAAUUGCACCUGAAAUAGAAUAAUAUCAUAUCAAGAGGGCAAUUUCUCUUUCAUUACAAGAUUUUGAUAAAGAAGCAAUAGAGUAUUUAAAGGAUGCUAUUAAUUAAUUUCCACAAUUUGAGGAUUGUUAAAAUCUAAUAGAAAGUUUAGAAGCAAAACCAAAGCAUGUUAGAGAAUAUGCAAAUGUAUUUGUUUAUCUGAUAGUAAUGUUCUUUGAAAUUGCUGAAUAAUUAUCUAAAUAAGAAUCAUUAGUACCUACUAUUGAAAUAAAUUAAAUUAUUUAAUUGAUGAAUAUUAAAAUGAAAGAGAAUUUUCCAAAAAUAUCAAAUCUAUUUGAAAUAGUUCGAUAUUUUAUUUUAAAUAAGUUUGACUGUGAAGUUAAAAUUAGUAAUGAAUAAAUCGUCAGAAUUAUAUUAUCUAUUUAUCAAACUAAAUAUCAUCCUGAUAAUGGUACAAAAGUAGUUAUGAUUAUGGAUAUGAUAGAAUUAGGUAAAAAGAUAGCAAGAUUAAAAGAUAGAUAAAUUAAAGCAGGUAUAAAAUUAGAAAAUUAAAGAAUUCAAUCAGAAUUUUUGAAAUUCAUAACAAAAUCUAGUAAUUCGAUCUUUAUCUCAUCUGCAGCUGGAUUUGCUAUAAAAGAUUCAAUAUAAGUUCUCCUAUUUUUAAUAUUAAACUUUAAAACUAUAAAUUCUGAUUUAAUAAAUCUCAAGAAUUCAAUAUAUAGUUAUGUAAAAAAUGGGGUUUUAGAUAACUUAAAGCCUAAAUGA